AACACGACGGUAGGUGUUCUGCAAUGCAAGUGCACGGCGCAUGACCAAAAAGACCAUCAAUCUAGACCAUGCGCUAAACUGCUGUGUUAUCUCGUAUCGUUGACAGCGAUUGUGGCCUUUACAGUAUACGCAGUCAUUGGGCGCGCAUGUACUCAAAACUCUGAAGCAUCGUGAUCAUGGUCGGAGGUGCGCGAUGCAUGCCACGAUGCUUAAAAACCCGCGGUUCGCGAGCGCGAUGUGCUGGAUGUGCGAGUGUUUGGUGUUUCGGCGAGCGCUGCACGGCAAAAUUUAUCGCGAGCUUGAAAACGAGCACUUUCACGAAAUUUUAGAAACUCGGCCUGAGUUGAAGCGCACCGUUAUGAGGCAACCAAACAAGGACAGCGUUCGCGAACUGCUCAAAGCUGCGAUCCCCGGCGUAGACGACUCCGUGCGUCGAUUCGCCGAGCUUUCCGUGCGCGCGGACCAACGCAGCUCAUGCAUUGAAAAUAGGGAGCACAAACCGAUCAUAGAGAGUGUCGUGGUUAGCUUACCUGCGACAUCCGACGAUGGCGUAACGUGCGCCCUGACAGGCCUUUGCUUGUGGCCUCAGACGGAAGCGACCACAACUCCGCAUUUCAAGCACCUGUGGAACGCGCUGGAUAAUGAAUGCAGCGCACGAUGUUCUCGAUGGGACAAACAUCGUCAGCUUCUGCUGGCGGACUGUUUCUAUCAUCUGCGGCUCAGCAGGAUCUCGAGGUACAACAGAACCAUGCUCAAUAUUGUCAGUCGCUCCAUGAACAAGCUGACUGCCCGGGAGCUGAUUCAGUACCUGUUCUUCACGAAUUUGCAGCGACGGAUGGUGCGACACAUCAAGCCAGUCAUUGAAGAAAGACUUGUGUCGUGUUUCGACGAGCUCACAGUGGCUGAAGUCGGACUGGCGUGUCAAAGCUUUUUCAAGUCGCAAGAGCUAAUCGAGGACAAACGGCUGAUGGCACGCGUCGUGAAGACGUUGGAAGAAAAUGCAGCGACGGCGGAUAGUGUCACCAUUAGUGCAUUAGCGAAAGCACUUCGUUACAGCCGGACUGCUCAUGACACAUCCGUCUGGGUGAAGGCUCUGACAGCCUGCGAACCUAGUGUCGUAGAGUGGACUCCAACCACCGUGGCGCAUGUAACGACACUGGCAACUGCACUUAAGAGUUACCAUCCCGUUCUGCUCGACUCUGCUUUACAGCACUUGAUGGCAGAGAUGCCAACCAUUCGGUUGAAGGAGAUCACAAGAACACUGAAAGCUGUUGCACUGUUCAACCAUAGCCUUGAAGGGUUAGACUACAGAUCAAUUUUACACGAGCUGUUGAAACAAUGUAGGAGGCCAGAAAUUGAACAUCACCAUCACACAUUUGUGUCGGCACUGUGGUAUCUGGCAGUUGUUGGUAUAUACUUUGCCGAUUUGCUGCAACUGGCAUUAAAUGAUGAUCGUGUGUAUGGUAGUCACAGGCACAAGGAUGUCAGCUUUCAUGCUGAGGCACUCCAGAGCUCGGUGCGAAUUGAAUUGCCCUGCUACACUGGACCGAUGCUAAGUCCUCACGUUCUCAAGAGCUUACAGACUGAACGCCAUGUCAUGGGACGCGACAUUGAUGAAGGAACAAAAGGGUUGCACCACAGGGAGCAGGUUACGCUUCAAAUUGCGAAUCGGCUGCGAACACGGUUUGGCGACGUGUGCACCGUCAAGCGUGCACUCCCACACCAUCACUUUCCCGACAUCUUGUUUUGUGUUGAACAGAGAGGAGAGUUGGAACUGUCAAAGUGUGAACUGGAGUUGGCGAAUGGUGCAUGGCGACCGGUCAAAAGUGGCACAAAAGUUUCAUAUGCUGUAGUUGUGCACGGGCCAGGAUCAUACUGCAUGAAUAUGAACAAGCUUUUGGGUAUCGAGACCAUGAAAUUGCGUCAGUUACGGCAUGUUGGAUUUAAGAUAAUAGAAAUGCCUCAUUUUUUGCUGUCGGAGAUGUCAAAGACUGCAUUUGACUGCUGGAUGGAGCAACAGUUGCAGGCCAAUGCACAAUUGUAGAAACUUCAAUUCUACAAUAAAUGCAUUGUCGUAGGCCAUGCAAUGAGGUAAUUAGUAUUAUUGUGGCUUCUUAAUCUUGAAUUCUGGAAGUAAUUUACUGUUAUGGGGAUGCAGCAUUGCCAUGUCAAGCAUAUUGUCGGUCUCAAGAAAAGUUUUGUACACUGC